AUGGAGCAGCGACCCCCAAGAGUUCCCAAGCUGGCCUGGGUGCAGGAGGAGGAGGAAGAAGAAAGCCCUGGAGCUGCCCCAGAGGUAGAGACUGAAGAGAUGCAGGAAUUCCAGCCGCUGGAGGAGGAAGCAGCCGUAGACCAGACACAAGAGCAGGACCUUGCCUGUGGCCUCUUCCACAAAACACCUGCACAGGAAGAGACCAGCGUCAUGGGCACUGGGUCCAUGGAAGAUGGUGACAUCUACACCAGCGACACCAGUGCUGCCAUGAUGGAAUUCAUUUUGGAGGAGGGUGUUUCCAUUCCAGAGCAAGUGCCUGCCAUGGUGAGGUACAUCCACCAGUGCCUCAUGGCUAAUGAGUCUGCUGACUCCAGGCUGGGCAGGACCCUGCUGGAUCUGACCGAGGCACAGCCUGCUGACGUGGUCACUGCUCUCCUGCGUGUGGCCCCAACGUGUGACAGAGCUGCAGUGACCAUGUGGAAGACCAUCAUGUGCUCGAGCAGGACUGUGGAGCCAGUGAUGCAGAUACUUCUUGAUGUGCUGAGAACCUGGCCAGAGCACAGCAAGUGCACCUCUGAUGGGGACAACACGGGUGUCUUUGCCCUGGCUGCAACAGUGGUGAUGUGGAAGUUCCUUCAGGUGCCCUGUGUCCCACGGGUAGUGAAUGUGUAUUUCCCCCGCCUCGUUGUGCAUCUGCUCUUCCAAGUGUUCUUCAGCACUUUGGAUAUAUCAGAGGAUCUCAAUGCCUUCUGGAAGGGAUGCCAGGAGCAACAUGGCCUUGCCAUCAGCCCCAGCAGGUUUGCAGUGCGGGCCCUGAAGUCUCUACUCUGCCGAAUGCAUUAUGAGCAAGUCGUGCUGUCAAUGGAACGCAAGUGUGGCUGGGACACGCUGCUCUGUGCUGACACCCACCAUCAUGCUGUGGGUCUGCUGGCCAGGGAGAUAUCCUGUGUCUCCAGGCGCUUGUGUUCCCGGAUAGCUCGCUACCUGCUCCGGGUUCUUAGCACACAGGAGGCACGCUGGGAUCUGCCUGCCCUGGCAUUCCUUGUGGAGGUGAGCCCCAUGGCCAGAACUGCCUCCCUGCAGAGCUGUUUGCCACCUCUCUGCCCUCUCAUAGCUGCAGCUGCCUGGGACGGUGCCCAUGCCCUGGGCUGCCGCCUGG